UGAAGCACCUGCCUAACCUCCCCUCGUUUGUGUAUAGUUGCGUGCGUGUGUCUGUACAGUGUAUUUAGUUGUGAAGAAAACGAGCGAGUAUAUAAAUUCAUAUAUAUGUCUGUCUAAAUUGUUAUAUAUAUAUACUUCAAUAUAUAUAUAUACAACUCAUUGGUUUUGGUCUGCUCUGCUCCUUGCUCGGCGUUCCGCGAAGCUUCCAUAGUGUCGCAUGUUUGUUGUGCUGUGUCCUUAAGGAGUGCAUCGAGUUGCAAGCGUGUGAAAGCCACUGUGAGGGCCUUUGCAAGUGCAUCCGUCGGUUGGUGACACUACCAGCGAGACGCGGCUUAGCUGCUGCGCUGCACUGCUGCACCAAGCGCGAGCUACAGAACGUGACGAGCGUGAGUGUGCGUGAAUGUAGCAUAAAUUGAAUGAUUGUACACCGUUCGACCGGAAGGUUCUGGGUUUGAAUGACGCCAGAGCAGUGUGAAGAAGAAAAGAAAAAAAAACAAGCUGAACCACCAGUGCAUGUGUUUUGUAAAUUGAUUGUUUAAUAGAAGGGAAGCGAAUAGAAAUAUACAAACCUUUCCUUGUUGUGUGAUUGUGUGUGAGUCUGUACAUGGAUGCAGCAAUCGGUCGGUCAAAGGAAGCCCGGUGAAGAGUGUUGAUUGUGCGUGCGUGCGUGCGUGCUUGUACAUGUACAUGAGUGAGAGAGAAAGCGAGAGAGUGCGUGUUUGUUUAUUUGGAUAAAUCACGACGAGUUUGCGAAAAAAGUCCAAGCGCCCAGAAGUGCACGGAGCUGCUAGUGCGUGGUGAAAAAUCGUGAAUUUUGUGCGUUCCGUGGCGACGUAGUGUUGUGUGUUGUGAAGUGCCGUGCUAUCUUGUCGAUAAACUUUGUGUUGUUUAAGCAGCUUCCCCUGCUGCCCGUGGAUCCUGCCUAGCUGGGUGGAGAGGUGUUGAGCUGUUUUCCUCCGCAUAUUAAUCGACGCUGCGUGCGUGUGCGUUUGUGCAACGACGGCGACGCUCGACCAGAUCCCCACGGCAGAGGGUCGGUGUUGGUCCGCAGAGCGAGGUCUAGGCGCACGCAUACAAACGCGCAUCCGCAGCGGGUCUUCAAGCAAACAAACCACAGCAAAACCGCAGUCCCGCGGCCACUGAGCAAGAGAGAACGUAGAGAAAGAGAGAGAGAGAGCGAGAAAAAAAGGGCUGAGUUGUUUUCAAACAGAGGAAAACCAUACACAUUGCUCACCGAGGAAAGGGUGUCGCUCCACAGGGGCGGUGGAAAGGAAAAGCACAAAGUGACGCGCCGGACGCCGUUGAUCUUCCGGUAGCAAGUUGCCCGAUCGCCCUCUGCCACCAGUGGUCAUUCUUGUAGAUCGACUAUUAAAGUCCGGUGGCGAAUGUAACCAGCCCAGCGUGCGCACGUGUGAGUGUGAGGGACGUUAACAAGACAGCGGACAAUCCGAGCGACCAUACGCCGAACUACGAACAAGCGCAACAGCACCGCGUCGGCAGGAUAACAGCGACCAUCCAGUACCACCGGUGUUCGUUAGGUAACGUGUAGUGGCCAGACAGCGACAGAAAGGUACAACAUCGCAAGCACACCCGGGGCAGGACAACAGCGACAGCGACGGCCACGCUCGUACCGGAAACGGUUACCGCCAGUAUGAAGCUGCUCGGUGGUCACGACGACGGUGGCGGACGCAAUGCGGCUCCCGUUCGCACGCAGGACGAUGCCGCCGUCGGAUACGUCUUCCAGCGGCAUCCGAACGAGACUGAAUUUAACCAGUUUGCACAGAAGCAGUCCCGCUGGGCCUCCGGAGAUGACACCAUUAUUGAUAACCAAGACAAGUGGAAAUACAACCCCGCACUGACGAACAACACGCCCGGCGGAUUGCUGCCGCCACCAAUCGUUGCCGGUGUCAAACAACAGCAGCAAGUGGCGCAGCAACAGCAACAACAAUCGAUGCAGCAACAGCCACCGAUGCAACUUCCGCAUCAACCGCAUCAGCACCAGGUGCAGCAGCAGGUCCAGCAGCAGCAACAGCAACAGCAUCAGCAGCAACUUCAGCAACAACAGCAGCAGCAACAGCAGAUGCAACACCAGCAGCAACAGCUACCGAUGAUCAACCAUCCGUCGCAGAUGGCAAACCACAUGAACCACCAAAGCCAUCUCAGCCAGACGAUGCUGAACCAUGCGACGAUGAACAGUGGCGGAUUGCCGGCUAUGCAGAUGCCGAUGCAGGGCGGCAUGUAUGACCACCUGCAUCCACCGAACGUCAACGUUAACGGUGUUGGCGUACCGAAGCCACCCGGUCCGGAGCAGCAGCUCGUAUAUCUGAGUGGUGGCCAGCAGUACGGAACUGUGCUGGCUCCUCAGAGCCAGUACAUACCACGGAAUAGCUCAGCGAUCAAUACAUCCACAGCAAAAAAGCUGUGGGAAAAGGGGGGCUCUAGUGAUGUUAAGGUUGCAACUGGAGCGACUGGGCCACUUCCACCGCUGCAGCUUCACGGUAGUACCGAUCAUCAGGUAUGGCGCGAUUCGACUUGGUCGUCGCAGGGCGACACCAUCCUGGCACCUCGUCGAAUUUUCCAACAUGCACCGGAAACCAACCCCACCGGAUCCACGGGCAUCUUAAGUCCGCGCGAUUCGACCGGUGGUUUAGGCGUCAAGAUGGUGGAAUAUGUGCUCGGUGGCUCGCCGACAAACAAGGAAAGCCCGUUGGCAAGCUUGGACUCGCGCUUCAAGGGAUUGAAGUUCGACGAUGGAGACAAGGCCUCCGAUGAUAAAGACAAAUCGAGUUCGCCGUUCGAGACGAAUGGAGUGAAGAAAGAGGAAGUUGUGCCCGGUACAAACGGAGUCGUGAUGGUGAACGGUAUCGACGAUGACAAGGGUUUCAAUCAUCUUUCGUUCCAAAGCCGCACUCCUGGCUCCCGUCAGCCAUCUCCGGCCGAGGAGCAGCUGCCUCGUCCGAGCAUGCUCGAUCCGACCGGCGUGCAUGGGUUCGGAUGUGCGCAACAUCCGUCUCUCCACAACAUGCUUGGUUCGGCAGCUCCUGGCAGCAAUGAUGCAAUGCAGCAGGCGGCUGCGGCUGCACUCGGAUCCUACCAUCCGCAGAUGAUCAAUCAGAUGGGCCAGAUGGGGCAGCUCGGACAGAUGAACCCGAUGAACCAGUUGAAUCAGCUAAACCAGUUGAAUCAGCUGAAUCAAAUGCAGAGCCACGUGAUGAACGGCGUCGGAGGCAUUCCUCAAAUCGCGCAGAGUCCCAUGGUAAACCAACACGGGCAAGGACAGAGCCAGAUAGACUCUCCUGCAAAUCUGCUGCAACAGCCACACAACUUCGAGUUACAGCAACUUUUCCGCUCGAAUCCUGGACUCACCGCGGCCAACUCGGCCGUCCCAGGUGCCCCCAAUGGACAACCGCUGCCCCAGUCAGCCCUAUCGCUUUCGGCCGCCCAACAGCAGCAAUUCCUACAGCACAAUGCGGCCUAUGCUGCCCAGCAGGCCGCUCCGUACGUCAUCAACCCGGGCCAGGAUCCUUCUCAGUACAUGGGUGCCCUCAUAGCGGCCGGUGUGCCACAGUACUAUGCACAUGCCCCGUGGGGCGUAUACCCGGCCAACCUGGCGAUUCCACAGCAGCAAUCACAGCCUCGUCGGCCGCUCACUCCCUCGCAGCAGGGAGCCGAAAAUCAGCCCUAUCAGGUGAUAUCGGCCUACUACGACCAGAGCGGCUCGCUGGUGAUGGGACCACGUACCGGAACGCCGAUGCGGCUCGUCAGCCCGGCCCCGCCGGUCAUGGUGCCACCAGGAGCGGCCGGCCCGAGAGCCCCCCAGGCGCCCCCGAUCUAUCCGCCACAGCCCCAGACCGCCCAGCAGAGCGUCUACUCGGCCCAGAACGGAUCCAACGUAGGAGGACUCGGUCCCUUGAGCACGUCAUCCCUGACCACGCGCCGGGAUUCGUUUGAUCGCAACACAUCGGCCUUCAGCCCGUCCCUGGACUACACCUCGGCGGCCUCAUCCAGUGCAAUGGCCACGAAUGCGGCCGUUGCUGUAGCUGCCGCUGCGGCCGCCCGAAAAUGGCCCGUUGGUGCGGGUAACUACAGUGGUCUCGGAACAGUGGCGACAGCGUCUGCCAGCCCGCUGGGACCGUCGCUUACGCCACCGCCCGUUUCGGGGCUGGGUGCCCUGGUGACGAGCCGUGCUCCAGGUGCAGAGACCAAGUACCGUCAGGUGAAUCCUGGUCUCGUGCCGGGAAUCUCGACCGCAAACGCGGCCAUGUUCGGCUCCAGUAACUGCACUGCCCAGGCCAUCCUGUCACGGCUGUCAAGUGCUGUCGGCCGUCCGACAGCGGCCCCAGCCACGGCUCCGGCCGCCCCGGGAGCUGCACCGGGGCUGGAUCGAGCUCCGGGUCGUUCGCGCCUGCUGGAAGACUUCCGUAACCAGCGCUUCCCGAAUCUGCAGCUGCGUGAUCUCACUAACCACAUCGUCGAGUUCUCGCAGGACCAACACGGGUCGCGUUUCAUUCAGCAGAAGCUGGAACGGGCCACUAGCGCCGAGAAGCAGCUCGUGUUCAGCGAGAUACUCGGAGCAGCCUACAGCCUGAUGACGGACGUGUUCGGAAACUACGUCAUCCAGAAGUUCUUCGAAUUCGGCUCGCCGGAACAGAAGCAAGCUCUUGCUCAGCAAGUCAAGGGGCACGUGCUGCCACUGGCGCUGCAGAUGUACGGCUGCCGGGUGAUACAGAAGGCCCUCGAGAGCAUUCCGGCCGAUCAGCAGCAAGAGAUCGUGCGUGAACUCGACGGGCACGUGCUGAAAUGCGUGAAAGAUCAGAACGGCAACCACGUGGUGCAGAAGUGCAUCGAGUGCGUGGAUCCGGUGGCACUGCAGUUUAUUAUUGACGCGUUCCGGAACCAGGUGUACUCGCUCAGCACGCACCCAUACGGUUGCCGGGUGAUCCAGCGGAUACUGGAGCACUGCACACCCGAGCAGACGGCACCGAUUUUGGCAGAACUCCACGCCAACACCGAGCAGCUGAUCCAGGACCAGUACGGCAACUACGUCAUCCAACACGUUUUGGAGCACGGAAAGCCGGAAGAUAAGUCCGCCCUGAUUGCAAGCGUGCGCGGUAAGGUGUUGAUUUUGUCGCAGCACAAGUUUGCCUCGAACGUGGUAGAAAAGUGCGUCACGCAUGCCACUCGUGCCGAACGGGCGCUACUGAUAGAAGAAGUGUGCUCGUUCAACGACGCCGGGCUACACGUCAUGAUGAAGGAUCAGUUCGCGAACUACGUGGUGCAGAAAAUGAUCGACGUCUCGGAGCCGACACAGCGCAAGGUGCUGCUGCACAAGAUACGGCCACACAUGAACUCGUUAAAGAAGUACACCUACGGCAAGCACAUCAUUGCCAAGCUGGACAAGUUCUCGCUCAAGACUCCGAAUUCGCUAGCCGGAGGUGGCGGUGGAGGAUCUGCAUCGGGCGGUGCUACGGGCGCAAACGGUAACAAUGCGUCCGGUUCGGCGGCUGGUUCCGGCAAUGGUGGUAAUGUCGGUGCCAAUGGUCCCGCGGGUGAGAUCACUGCCAACGGUCCCUCGAACGGAGGUGGUGGCGUAAGCAACGGUGGCGGCAAUGGCAACGGAACGGUCAUUCCGGCAGCGGGUACCGGAUCUGGUGCUGGCAACGGAAACGCCACGAACGGCGUCGCAACGAACGGUAACAGUGGUGUUGGCGGGAAUGGCAACGGUGCUAAUGCCGGCAUUCGUCCCAUUGGGCCACCCACGAACGGAGUGAUGUAA